GAUUAUGCUUACAUAGAAAAAAUUUAGAUGAUGAAUUUUUUUCAGCUAAAAUUUCAAAAGUUUCGGAAAAUCAGAACAAAUUAGAAAAGGAUAUUAAUGAAGAAUAUGAUGACGAUAGAGAUCAAGAAUUACCAGCAACUAUUCUAUAUUUUUCUCAAAUUCUUUAUGAAUUCCUUGAUAAAUAUGAAAUUAACGGCCGGAAAAUUGUGCCAAAAUCAGAAGAUACCGUACAAAAUCAAUUGGAAGCAAUUCGUCAAGAAUUGGGGCAAGUCCAUAUUAAUGAACAAGGAUCUGAGUUGAAAGUGACCAUUUACAAAAAACAGGCUUGGGAUUGUCAAUCAAUUCUGAACUCUGAUGGCAAGAAACUUCUCAAAAACGAAGAAUCUGAUUCAGAAAGACAAGUUGACGUUGCGGAGGUCAGUUAA